ACUCGACCAUGCCGAGCAUUGUCCCGCUACAACGGUCUCAAUCAGCGCCCCAACCGAUCGCCUCAUUGGUGCAGACCAGUACCAGUGAUGCCCGGCGUCAGCCACUUCCCCGUACCGUCUCGCAUGAACAGGUCCAAAAGCACAAAUGCCCGCCGCACAUGAAGCCAUUGACUUCGACAUUGGCUACGGGACCCGCUUCCCCCAUGAAUGUGGAUCAGGAGGACCCUUUCAACCUUCUCACAUUCUUCCCCCCUGGGAUUGGACGGCGAGACGACUGGCACUGGCUGAGAGGGGAAGCUUUAGCAGAAGAAGUCGAAGAAGCGUCAAUAGAUGUCGAAGGUGACGAUGGAGGAGACUCUCCGGCAAUAUUCGUUCCAACGGAAGACAGGCACAUGAGCGAGGCGAUAAAGGGGGAAGAUAAAUUAGGCAUUUUGUCGUUCGGGUAUCGCGACAGUCACAACGAUGACGACGAUGAGGACGACCUGGACGACGUCGAAAUUGUAGACGAGACGGGCAGGUUCGAACCUGAGAUUGAGACGUGGGAAGACUUGUAUGAAGCGCACCGGCGUCGGCGGAUGGGUGGGAAGUCGGUGCCGGCAGUGGAGCCAUGUUCGGAGCUAUUCUUCGGAGACGGCCGAGUUUUGUGAUUUAUGUAUUUGAUGGUGUUUGAUCACGUGGAGGGUCCGUGUGAUCUUUGACUACAUUUGGACUUCGGCAGUGUUUGGUUUCC